AUGAAAGAUGAACGUGUAGCCGGAUGUGUUCAUGGUGGUUUAGAUGCUGACUUGAGCAUUUGCGGAGCUUUUUCGGAAUAUGUGGUUCAAGACGCAUCAUUGGUUUUCCGUUAUCCUGCAACCAUGUGUCCUGAAUCAGCUGCUACAAUUACAUUGGCUAAUAUUACUGCAGCUCUUGGUCUCUUUCACGAAAUGGGUUUACCUUUUCCUCCUGCUAAUUCCGGCAAAACUAUUCUCGUUUGGGGAGGUAGCACAAGUGUUGGUCAAUAA